AUGGUUCAUCAGUUACUGUUUGAUUGCAAAGCUAAAAAUAUUUUGAAAAUUGUUUGUGCAAUGGAUGAAGAUAAAAUAAGUGCAGAUCAAAAUGAAUUUUCUGAUAUACCAACAACAGUGAUUUAUCGAAAAAAUAUUACAAAAAGUUCAAAAUCAUUUUUAAUCGAAACAUUAUUGUCGAAAAAUGAUGAAAAGUCAAAUACAACAUGUAAAAGUAAUUCGCCAUCACCAGCUUCAUCGAUAGCAUCAAGUCCACCUAUAAGUCCUGGAAAUGAAACGAAUUUUUACCAGCCACAUGAGUCUCAGCAAUUUCAAAAUUCAUUUAAAUAUUCAAUGGAUUAUUUUAAUCAUCUUCACCAUCAAUAUCCUCAUUUUGAAUUGUUCCAACAUUCAAGACUUUUUUAUCCACCAAUAGGCGAAUUUAAUGGUGCUAAAACUUGUUUCUUCCAAUUGUAUUCAGCCCAGCACGGAUUUUUUGGAAAAACUCGGAGACCUCGAACAGCAUUUACAUCCCUGCAGCUUUUAGAGCUUGAGAAGCAAUUUAAACAAAACAAAUAUUUAUCCCGUCCAAAGAGAUACGAGGUUGCCAGCAAUUUAAUGCUUUCUGAGACUCAGUUCCAAAACAGAAGGAUGAAAUGGAAGCGAUCCAAGAAAGGUUACCAGGAAUCAAAAUCAAAGAGUCAAGGGUCGAGCAAAUCAAAAAUUACAGAAGACAUUAUUGAACGAUCACCAGAAGGCGUUUUAAAGAAAAUUCAAACAUCAACGCAGUUGGAAAACAUCGAACCACAAUUUUCACAAAGGAUAUUUCUAAGUAAUAAUAAUUUCAAUGAAAAAAAUAAUCCAUACAUUUUGGGAAUAGCAUGAGAUUAAAAGUCAAGCUAAACAAAGACAAAAUAAAAAUAAAAAAUGAUAUUAAA